CUCUCUUUUAUUCUCCACAACCAGCAUUCAUCCUUUGGCCCAAUCCCAAGAUUUUCCCCUUUCCAUUGUUUCACAUCUCACAAGGUCCCUUCUCUCAUUGUUGGCAAAAUGGCGAAUUCGUCAUCUGGAAUGGCUGUGAGUGAUGAAUGUAAGCUGAGGUUCCAGGAGCUAAAAGCAAAGAGAAUCUACAGGUUCAUUGUGUUCAAGAUUGAUGAAAGUAUCCACCAGGUUGUGGUUGAGAAACUGGGGCAAUCCGAUGAAAGCUACGAUGCUUUCACUGACAGUUUGCCUCCUAACGAGUGUCGUUAUGCUGUCUACGACUUUGAUUUCACAACUGAUGAAAAUUGCCAGAAGAGCAAGAUCUUCUUCGUUGCAUGGGCUCCUGAUGUCGCUAAGGUGAGAAGUAAAAUGCUGUAUGCAAGUUCCAAGGACAGGUUCAGAAGAGAACUGGAUGGGGUUCAGGUUGAGAUUCAGGCUACAGAUCCCAGCGAGAUGAGCUUGGACAUUGUCAAACUGCGAGCCCUCUAAACAUUUCCAAAUAAUAACAGCAACCUCCUCUUCUUCAUGCAUGGUUUUUGGGGGGCCUUUUUCCAUUUCCAAAUUGCUUUAAAAAAAAAAAAAAGUUCAGCAUCAUAUAUGUAUUGUUACCAUUUUGCUUUGUAUAACCUUUAAACUUGAAAUUCCUUUUUCUCACUACAAAAUUUUCUGGCUUAAAUAGCCGUGCAUGACCCAGUUUUGAAUAUAGAUUUCCAUUUUGGAAUUUAGGAUUUGUGUUCCAUUGUUAUGAAUGGGAAUAUAUUAUCCUCUGUUUUAACUUGGGAUGAUUUGUUUUGUAAUGGAUUGUUUUUAAGGAAGGAUGAAUCAUUUUA